GAUCGGUCCGGACCGGACCAGGGAGGGCACCAGGCAGGCGGACCGCUGAACCCGCGGGCAGGCAUGGAUCAAAGCAAUGAGGGAUAUGUAAGAAAGAUUAGCAGUGUGAAUCUUGACAAAUUGAUAAGUGACUUCUCACAGAUAGAAAAGAAAAUGAUAGAAACUAGUGGAAAAAACAAUCUACUGGAUAUUCAGUUGGAAAAAGCAAAUGGUUUAUUAAAAGUAAUGCAAACAAAAGAGGCUUCAAUUAAAGAAGAAUGCACUGCUCUUCGUAACAUGAUUAAAGGGCUACAACAGACCAUUGAAUAUCAGCACAAUUUGAAAGAUGAAAAUGAAGAAUUGAAAAGAAAUGCUGAUCUGCUGAAAGAACAGUUAAAGUCUCAUGAGCAGGAAUAUAAGAAUAAUAUUGCCAAGCUUGUAAGUGAAGUGAAAAUCAAAGAGGAGGGACAUAAGAUAGAAAUAAGUAAACUUUAUCAAGAUAUGCAGAAGAAAGUUGAAUUAAAUGAAGAAAAACACAAACAACUAAUGGCAAAAAAGGAAAUGGAAAUUUCAGAGUUAAAUGCAAAGUUAAAAACUCAAGAAAAGGAAAAGCAAAAUGAAAUAAUCAAACUACAACUAGAGUUUGAUGCCAAGCUAGCAAGAGUGCAAACUAAAGCAAGAUCAUAUCCGGAUGCCGCCACUGCUUUGCCACAGAGUAUCUACAGACGGAAGCUUCAACAUCUUCAAGAAGAAAAAAGUAAGGAGAUUGCAAGUCUUCAUAAUACCAUUCACACCUUAGAGCAACGCCUUGCUGCUGUCAAAAACUCUCACCUUAAAGUCAGACGAUAUUGAGCAGAACACCUUCCCUUGCUUCUUACAUUGAAUUACAUGCCCCAUUUGCAAGAAUGAACAUCAGAACAUUUUAUUUACACAGGUAAUAAAUAUUAAGAAGAAAGUUAUAUAUAGAUACAAAAAAAGAAGAAAACAAAUUCCAAAGCCCAGCAAAGUCACUGUAAUAUUUUAAUGUAUAUCCUUCUGUUCAUCUUGU